AGCAGUGGGGACAGCUAGUGGAUGAUGCUGUGUUGGAAGGAGGCUACAGUAGGCAGUGGGCGUGUUCUUGUGGUGAUCUAUAGCUGGGAAGCCUGGUGUCAUCUGCUUAAACACAGCCUGACUAUACCGACCUGUGAGGCUGAGAAGGACACAGUGAUCUGAGAGGAAAUGCCAUUCCUGAAAAAACACUCUGCUCUGCUCCCUCUCUGUCCUCCAGGACUCUGCAUAUGAGGAUCUUCACCUGUGGGGACACUGAGCAUUUGGAAUUUUAUGGACGUCUGUGGGGAAAGCAUAACAAAAACUGUUAGUGCUUGGACUGCAGGGGGAGGUUGAUUUGAGUACGCAGGAUCGUGUUAGUGUGUUUCAGUGUCGAGCUUGCAGUUGCAGUUGCAGCUGCAGUGGCAGGAGUGGGCUGUUGCUGUGCUCUGUCUUUCUACCGUCUUUAGGAUGUGCAGAUGUGUGGAGCAGUGAAGCUGGCACCUGACUUGGACCUUGACGUCUGGACUGGAGGGGCGAAUUCUCCCUUCACGGCCCAGGGCUUUUCACUCAUUGGCUCAGCUUUCACUUAGCACUAGAAUCACCCUGGUUUGCAGAUACUCCUACGUCUUGCAAGCAAAUUAGUGGAGUCGUACAAUGGAUGGAUGUCUUUUUAAAUUGCAGUGGAAUUGUGCACUGGUGCUCCAGUGUAGCUCAGUGUUUACUACUGUGCACUGGACUCAUCAGUGGGAGACAGCAGACACGCUGGUUCACAAACCUGCAGGGACACAGCUUCAUUAAUGCUGUGGACACACUUGAAGAAUGAUGAACUCCAAAGAGGAGGAACCUCUUCGUUUUUUCCAGUAUGCUGAAGAGAAAGGGCUGAGAGCCUACAAUGCCCUGGUAGCUCAAAACUUGGACUUUGCCAGGAAUGAGAGAAAUAGGGCAUUCCUCCAGGAAAAAAAUGACAAGAAGAGAAAACAAGAGGAAGCCAUAAGGAGGACAGGUGAAGACAUAUCAACAGAGGGAAAGCACUUUCGUAUUGGAUCUAUUACCAUGCCUGACCCCCAGGAACGCAUGCCCAUGCCACAUCCGCAUGCCCUUGCCUGCGGGCAGGGCUUUUCAGUUCGUUCCCAGUCCCUUCACUCUGUAGGUGGCGGAAGCAGUGGGGGUGGAGGAGAGGAGGAAGUGGGAAGCCCGACCUCUAGGAAGCAGCCGCCCCCCAAGCCCAGGAGGGACCCUGCCACCAAGCUGAGCAUGUCGUCUGAGGCGGUGGACAACAGUCUUGUGUCCACCUGCCGUGGGGAGAAAUGUGAUGCCCAUGGAUGUAGUGAAGACUGUAGGAGGGUACCACCACCCAAACCCAAGAGGAAUCCCAACACACAACUGAGCGUUUCCUUCGAUGAAUCCUACAUCAACAGUCACAGGAGCAGUGGAGUUUGCCCCUCAAAACUUCUUCACCACGUCACCUCCCCCUGUGACCACCACCCUUCACCUCCACAGAGCGAUGACAGUCCCACAGAUGACUGUGAAGAUGAACCUGUUUAUAUAGAAAUGGGUGGGAUUGACGUCGGAGCACGUGAGCCCCUGAAGAGUGAGGAUGAGGAGCCAGGAGAGUCAGUGUACGAGGAGAUGAAGUAUCCAGUCCUGGAUGACAUGGAGUAUCGUACAGACCCUGUGGGAUGCCGCUCCGCCUGUCCCACCCCAGCACCCUAUGAACCCGAACCUCUUAGUCGCUGCUCCACACCUCGAAACAUUCCUCUCUGUGACAUUCCGGCUCCUUUCCCAAACUUACUCACCCAUCGCCCUCCACUGUUGGUGUUCCCCCCAGCACCAGCCCAGUGUUCACCUAACUCAGAUGAGUCUCCCCUCACGCCUCUAGAUGUAACCAAAUUACCUAUGAUGGAAAACCAACCCUUCAACAAAUCCCCAACGUCCUCCAACGAACCGCCCUCCUCCGCACACAUCCGGAGGGAGCUGACUGCCACACCAACCCUCACUGUUUCCGGACGUUCCUCAGCACCUCCUCUGCCCUGCACCCUCUACAAGUCAUCUUCCUCAUCAUCUUAUCAACGCAGCCACUCUGCCUGUCCAUCACCUGUCAGCAUGGGACGCUGUCUCACACCACUAAGCCUCAUGCGUACACCAGCCUUCGACGCUACAAUGCCAUUCCCUGGAGGCCUGCCGCGGAGCGCCUCUGCCACUCCUCAUGGCAAAGGCUCACCACCUCAUGAUGGUGCGGGCCGACUCCAUGGCUCUAUGCAGAAUGUGUCCUCAGGACGUUCACGAACACCUACCAGCCCACUGGACGAACUGACCAACCUGUUUACUACUGGCAGGAACAUGUUGAAGAAAAAUGCAAGUGGCAGGAAGUCAAAGGAACCUGGAGAGACUGAGUCCAAAAGCAAGUCUCACAGUGAGUCCAAGCGUGAGGGCAAGGAACGCCACAGUCACAGCAAGGAGUCCAAGCGCGACUCAAAGGAGCGCCACAGCAAGGAGUCCUCGCACCGUAGGGACAAAGACAAAGACAAGGACAGAGACAGAGACAAAGACAGAGGAGGCAACAAUGCUGAGCAAAUGCGCCACAGAUGCAACAGUAAAGACCUUAAUAAUGUGGAGACAGGUAACAUCCGAAGGGAUAGCAGGGACCAGGGCUGCAGCAGUGUGGAGCCCAUCCCUGUAAGACGGGACUCCAAAGACAGGGGCUGCAACCCCUUAGAACAAAUCUCUUUGAUUAGAAGAGACUCCAAGGACAGAGGCAUCAACAACGGUGACAUGAUGCCAAGGAGGAACAGCAAAGAUCGGACCAGCCAUACCAUGGACUCGUUGCUGAAACAGGACAGCAAAGACAGAGAGAGGCUGUUGGAGCCCCCUGAACUUUUACCAAGACAGGAGAGCAAGGAAAGAGCACAAAAUGGUGUGGACUCAAGGCUUGAAUCCAGGGAGCUCCUGCCUGUACAGGAAAGCAAAGACAGAACAAGGAACAGUAUUGACUUAAUGCAUGAAAGCAAAGUAAGGCCACCUGAGCUUUCACCCCGACAGGAAACUAAAGACCGAGCAAGAAAAGGAGCAGACUAUGGACACGAUAGCAAAGCAGAGCAUCGCCUUGAUAUUUUACCUCGACAGGACAGCAAGGAAAGAGUAAGGAAUGACAUGGAGCACAGGCAUGAAUGUAGAAUAGAUCAACCUCCAGAGAUCCUGCCUCGUCAAGAAACAUCCAGGAACAACAAAGACAGAGCUGUCUCCAGCUUUGAAUCCAAACAUGAAAGGAGAGACCGCAGCCUCCACAACGGAGGCGAUAUUCCUCCUCCUCUCCUCCCAAAACAGGACAGCAGAGAUGUGAGCAGAACUGGCCUGGAGGUGAGACGAGACAGCAAAGACAGGAGUCUGAAUGGCACCUCUGUGAUGGAGUACAGGUGUGAAAGCAAAGAGCGGGUAUUUAGGUCAGAUGGCACACCUCGACGCGAAAACAGAACAAAUUGCAGCACGGAACAAUCAAAAGCACAAGAGAGGAAUGGCAGCACAAUGUCAGGACAACAUUCAUCCACAACAACACCUACGCACCAUGGGAGACCAUCCGGAAGUCCACCAAUGACCAUGAGAGCAGGGAAUGAUUUGAAAGCACCACCAAAAUAUGGCCGCUCAACGUCAGUUCCUGCUAACCCUUCACCAAAGGGAACUCCACAAAGGAGAGUUUCAGAGACACAUCAAAGUCAGAUGACCCAGAUGCCGUGGAUAUGUGGGGACAACACCAUGUUAGAGCAGAUUGAGAGGAAACGCAUCCUGUGCAAGGAGAUCCGCUCCAGACAGCACCCAAAGCUGCAGAAAUUUCUGGAAAGGCCUCCUCCACCGCCUCCAGACAAAAACGAAGACAGACACCAGGAGCGUAAUCAGUGCAAGCAAGAGAGCUGGGGGAAAAACAGCGGUGCCAAAAAGAUCCGCCCUCCCCCUUACCCCACACAGAAAACUGUAUUCUGGGACACAGCCAUCUGACAGGAACGACACACUUGCACCUCCUUACCAAACAACCCCAAAUUAACCCACUUCCUCUCUCCUUCGCAUUGGGCUGAUUCCCUCCCGAAACAUCAGGGUGCCCGGGACAGCCAGAAAAGAGCACCAGGGGUUGAUACUCGCUGAUGAUGUCAAAGGACAAUGGCAGUUACCAUAGCAAUAUUUCUGCUUGUUCAGGUUGUCAUGUUUUCUUAUCAUUGCUGGUGAUAUUUAAUAUUUUUCUAUUUCCUGUGACUGGAUUCUUGUACAUUAAUAAGUAGAAUAGAUAUUUGAUGAAUAGAUAUUUUUUAAAAUGAGACGGGGUUAAAAAGCAUCUUAAAUUAUGUAUAAUAGAAGUAGAUGCAAUCUGAUUCUCUUGGUUUUUAAACUAUAUUUGCUUUAUUUAUUUUGCAUUUCAAAGCAUAAUCUAUGGAUACUUGUACUGUGGUAGCAUACUUUUCUUAUGCCCAAGCACUAAAGUGACUCUACGUCUAUAUAUACACGUCACAUUCUACAGAUGUAUUGUGAGUUGGAGACUUUAUUUCAGCACCUGUUUCUCCUGGUCCAAUAUUGUAAAACAUACAACUGUUACUCCUAGAACAGCAACGGGUAAUUUUGCUGGCUUUAGUGUGCAUACCACAAUAGACAGCUGUGUAGUGACUACGUUGGAGCCUUUUGAAACGGUUGAAUCAUUACAAAGGUGAACCUGUCGGCUGAUGUGUUGUAGAUGGCCAUGAAAGGGUGAAAUGUUUCUGCUGUCUGAGGAGGUAAUUUAUUAAUAUCUACAUUUUAAACAAUAUUAUUUAUAAAAACCAGCCAAAGCCUGUUUAAGAAAGACAUGGGUAAGGUCACACUUGGGAGGUUUGAUUAUUUAAAAUGGGGCGGGUGGGAAAAAGGUUGGGAGUACCAGCACCCAACUUUAAAAUGACCACUGCAGGCACCGUGACACAGUGUAUAUAUUCGGUGCCCAUUUCCAGCCCGUACAAUCAACGCCUGAGCUUUUAGAAAGUUUCUUUAUUUUACUGCAGAUUAUAAGAGCCAUAUGCACUUGCUUAUGUAAUAACUGUCAAGAUUAUGCUUAUAUGAAUAUAUAUAUUUUAAAAAAUGCCAGGAGUCAGGAGGCUGUGCCAUGGAACUUUUAGUUUAGGACAAAUAAAGCCUCAGGAGACGUUGGCUGCGUGUGACAUGCAGUCAGCCGUGAUUGGUUGUCUCUGACAAUAUUUCCAAUUAAAUUGGCUGGCAACCAUUUUAGAGAUCAAAUCCUAUAAGGACCUAUCUCAUGGCAACAACUCUACCCAGUCAAGAUGACCGGGGUUGCACAAGAGCCUAUAAAUGAUUUAGGCUGUGUUCGGAAAGAAAGAAAAAAAAACAGAUCUGCACUACCCAUCAUCUUCCAUCACAUUUAAUCAGGCUGGUAACAUACACAUCUUUCUCCUUGAGCUUGUUCCCUCUACCUCAGCUCCCUGCUCACGUCAUCUCAAUUGGUUCUCUUUGCACAUUAAAAUGCAAUGUCAACAUUGCCAAAAUAGUAUACGUUUGACAAACGAGCAAACCCACAGAGUGCAAGUGCAGUCCCCUCUCUGGUAAGAAUCGAAGUUCUACACAGGUCCCUCUGUGUUAUAUGUGAAUGUGUAAGUGUGUGUACGUGUGGGUGUAUGUGUCCGUGUGUGAACUGCGAGAGAUGUGCAUGUGUGUCUGUGUUAGUGUGCCAAGCUGUAUUGUAUGAGAGAUGGAUUUUUACAAAUGAUUGUUUCGAGACAUUCACUUUGCCCCAUGGAUAUUGUUGGGUGGAGUUUGGAAAUGUAAUAAUGAUGAUGUACAAUCUCUUUUGUGUUUAAAUGUGCACUGUGAAAAGGUAGAGAGAGCACCGCACCGUCAGAGUCCUCUGUCCUACUGCACUGAGUGUUCUCUUGUUUUGCGUAAUAAAAAAAAAAGGAAAGGAAAAAAAAAACACGCUGAGGAAAAACAGUACUGUAUUCUGAUUGUCACUUGAUUUCUGUUGAGAGAAAAAAAUAAAUAUAAACUUGAAACCCA